AUGUUCAUCUUCUUCUUCUCGCUCUUUCUUACUACCUUACUCAAUGCUCUCCCCGGCAAUGCCGCUCCUUUUGUUGCUGAAAAGAGAGCUAUCGACACCAAUCUACUCCAGACGUUUAGACUGAUGUCACAAUACUCUUCAGCAGCGUACUGCUCCAGCAACUUCAACUCGACCGGCGAUCAAAUUCAAUGCGAAUCUGGAAACUGUCCGCUAGUAGAACAAGCAGACUCAGCCACCGUGCUUGAGUACAGUAGGGCAGAGACCUCCACCGACGUGACUGGCUUCGUAGCAAUCGACCACACGAACAAAGCCAUCGUCCUCUCUUUCCGUGGCUCCCUGUCUAUCGACAACUGGCUCACCAACCUCGACUUCGACUUGGUCAAAACCGACAUUUGUCCAGACUGCACCGCGCACUCUGGAUUCUGGAAUUCCUGGGUCGAUGCCCGCGGCACCGUCCUUCCUGCCGUAAAAGCCGCGUCUGAGCGGUAUCCAGCCUACCAGAUCUCUGUGACGGGCCACUCACUCGGGGGCGCCAUCGCACCCUUCGCUGCGGCCCAGCUGCGCAACCAAGGGUUCAGCACCAGCCUUUACACGUUCGGAAGUCCGCGCAUCGGCGGGCGGAAACUGAGUGCCUACAUCUCCAACCAGGCAGGGGGCAACUAUCGCGUCACGCACCGGAACGACCCCGUCCCCCGGCUGCCGAUGCUGCUUAUGGGAUACGUGCAUAUCAGCCCGGAAUAUUACAUCGAUAAGAAGAGCAGAGUCGCGAUCACAGAGAACGACUUCCAAGUCUACAAUGGUGCGGUCAAUUGGAAGGGGAACAACGCGUGGUUGAUCACCAGUAUCGAGGCGCACAGGUGGUAUUUCACAAAGAUGUACUUGUGUGGGGAUCUAACGAUCACGAUAGAUGUGGAUGCGCUGGCGGGCGUGGAUGUCGUAGCUAAGUUCUAA